UAGGCAAACAGAGCCUAAGCCAGACACCCCUAAGAGUAUCUGAAUCCCAACGUGAACCAUAGAACUUGACUUGAAGUCAACCAUGGCCGAGUCAGCUUUAGCCUCUCUAUCUCUCCAUCUUCGUUUCCCUUUCUUCCUCAUUCCCUCUUAUCUUUCUAUAUAUAUACACGCGUGUGUGCCCAUUACUAUCAGAAAAAUCAAGUCACGUCGUAGAGAGGGAGAGAAAUAAUGGGAGAGCCGACGAGGGAGGAGAGACUCGAAGAGGCAGCCAUUCUCGGGCUAACGGACUCACUGAAUGAAAUACUUCGCCAAGAUCCGCUGAUUCUUCGACGAGUAAAGAUGGGUUGUUUUGUCUACACUCCUCUCCACGUGGCCGCGUCCAGGGGGCACCUGGAUUUUGUCCGGGUGCUGUUGGAUGACAACCAGGAACUCGCCCGAGUGCUGGACAACCGGCGGUGGUCGGCCCUCCACCUGGCGGCGGCCAACGGAUACCACAAGAUCGUGGAAGUUUUAGUGGAAGCUAACGCCAACAUGUGCUUAACUCUGGACGGCGACGGCAGAAAUCCUCUGCAACUGGCGGCCAUGGAGGGGCACGUCUCCGUAUUGCAUGUGUUCUUUAAGAAAAAUCCACACUGGAUUCAUGAGUUGCUCAAAGCCAUAGAUGGGGGCGGCAACACCAUCCUUCAUCUGGCUAUCAAGACCAAGAAAUUUGAGGUCGUGAAGGUGUUGCUUGAUAAAAUAAAAGAACAAGUGAAAGCGAAGAAAAUACAAAAGAAAGACAACCCCUCAAACACGAUAAACAAAUGCGGGUGCACGGCUCUGGACGUUUUUCUGAAAUUCAAAUCUUCUGAAGUGGAAGAUUUUAAAAAACUGAAGAAGCAGUUUAAAAACGCUGGUGCCUUGAAAGCUGGUGCCUUGAAAGCUGCUGCCUUGAAAGCCGAAGAAGACAAUCAGGAUGAGGGGUUGUCCAAGAAGCAGAAUGCGUUGAUGGUGGUGGCGUCGCUUAUCGCAACCAUGGCUUUCCAAGUCGGGGUGAGCCCUCCUGGUGGUGUCUGGCAAGACAAUUUGAACGGCCAUACAGCUGGAGAAGCUGUGAUUUCUUAUCGCGACUCAGAUAAAUAUGCAAUGUUCCUUUAUGCCAACACAAUAGGAUUUGUGUCAUCACUAAGCAUAAUUCUGUUUCUAGUGACCGGAUUGCCCUUCAAGAAAAAGUUGUUUACGCUGAUCAUGGUGCUGAUCAUGUUCCUCACAGUUACAUCCAUGACAGUUACAUACUCAAUUUCAAUCAGCAUGAUCAGUCAGGAGAAGAACAAUUUCAUGUAUUUCGGGGUGAGAGUUUGGUUUGGGGUGAUCUGUGUUCUUCUGGUAAUCCACGCCAUUCCCUUUCUGAUUAGGUGCUUGAAGGUCAGCUGGCAUAUAAUAAGGCUACUGAUGAAGUUGUUCGUGAAAUUCAUUUUCAUCCCACCUUCAAGUGACCAACGCCUACCAACUUCAUCUAAUGGGAAUGAACCCUAGCGCGCUCCAGCUUAAUGGGAACGGGAACCCAGCUUGAUCUUUAAUUAGCCUUAUCCGUGAGUUUGAAUUAGUGAAAGGAAGAUGGCAUAAUUGAUGGACUGAGCAGAGUUCUCUUUUAGAAUGUGUUAAAUGUAUUGCCUUCUAGUUCCUGUUAUGGAAAUUGAAUAAUUCCUUCGAAGUCGAAUCGUGUUAUAUAUGUUGCUGUAUUGUUUAGGAACUUGGUGUUUGGUUGUAAGAUUUGCCAUUAUCAUGAACCCAUUUCUUG